UCAAGAUGCGCCAGCGAAUUUCGCUCUUCCAAAAAGAAAGAUUAGUGAGUCUGAUAAAAAAUCAUUUUAUAAAGAAGUGCGGAUAUUAUGAAAACAUUGGAAACAAACAAAUCGACACGGAAACUUGGAUUGAAAUUUCCAAUCGACUGAAUACAGUGGGAAGGUGUAGGAAAACAUCUUAUGAAUGGAAACAGGUAAACCAAAGUUCAUAGAUUUACAUAUAUUCUGGUCGUAUAAGCCAAGUUUUAGUGUUUCAAUUACAUGAAAUGCCGCGUACGAAAAUAUGCCAAGAUGGCUCGCCGAUAUGGAGGAAAUGUUGAAGACAAUUUGUCGGAUACCGAUUGUUUAAUUUUCAAAAUGUUUGGAUGUGGUACUGAUGCUUACGAGAACGAUUUCGUGGAUGACAUGGACUGUGACGAAUACGACGAUGGGGAUAAUUAUGACACGAACGACGACUGCCAUACUAACAACGAUCCGGUGUUCGCUCACGCUUUUGCAGAUAACACCAAUCAAAACGUGGCCCCUCAAAUUUUGACUGUGCAUUCAGCUGAUGGUUUGAAAAGCUUCGAUGAUUCAAUGAUAGCUUCUGUUGACGAUGAUUUGUGUGAAACUGAACAGUUCGAGACCAUCCCAUCCGUCGAAGGAGAACCAAAAUUUCGUUUACUACGUGAACAUGUUAAUUUAGAAGAGAGUGAUCCAGGAUGUUCUGGUGAAUAUUCUAACGAACCUGUUCAUUUACUAGACGGAGGUAGUGGUCGAAAAGCUGUUCGCACGCGUGGAGGUGUUCGUACACGUGGAGGUGUUCGUGGACGGGAAGAUGUUCGUGGACGAGGAGAAGUUCGUGGACGAGGAGAAGUUCGUGGACGAGGAAACAUUCGUGGACGAGGAAACGUUUGUCGCCGUGGAGGUGUUCGUGGGCGAGCAGUCGCUCGUGGGAGAGGAGACGUUCGUGGUCCAGGAGGUGUUCGUGGAAAUAGCCAGUCGGUGAACCACAUCCAAAAAGAACGGUUGCUCCAGCUCAUCGAAAAUAACUUCUUGUUAUCGGUUGGACAUUUCUCCACUUCAAAUGGCGCAGCUGCAAAAAAACAAGUCUGGGAAGACUUUGCUUCUGAACUCAACAAAUUGGGUCCAUGUCGAACAGGAACGCAAUGGAAAAACUGCGAAAGCUAA